AUGUGGAGGACAGUAUGGUGGAUCUGAAGGAGUUGUCUUGUCUCCAAACUAUCCUCUAAACUACACUACAAGACAGACUUGCUCCUACUACAUCACUGUGUCCACACAGUUUGUGGUGUUUGGUCAGUUUGCUGUUUUCCAGACAGCGAUGAAUGACUCAGUGGAGCUGUUUGAUGGAGCCAAUGAGAAUGCUCGGUUGCUCAGCUCCCUUGCUGGGUCACAUUCAGGAGAGACACUGCCAUUGGCAACUUCCAAUCAAAUCAUGCUGCGGUUCAAUGCUAAGAGUGGCCAGUCAGCUAGAGGUUUCCACUUUGUCUACCAAGCUGUGCCUCGCACUAGUGACAGUCAGUGCAGUUCAGUGCCAGAGCCUCGGUACGGCAGGCGGAUCGGUUCAGAGUUCUCAGCUGGUUCUGUGGUUCGGUUUGAGUGCAGUCCAGGAUAUCUACUGAAAGGAUCCAGUGCUAUGCGGUGCCAGGCUGUGCCAGGUGCCCUUGCCCAGUGGAAUGCAACAACACCAACCUGUAUAGUUCCCUGCAGUGGCAAUUUGACUGAACGUCGCGGUACAAUACUGUCUCCUGGCUAUCCUGAACCCUACCCAAACAGUCUCAACUGUCUGUGGAGGAUCCAUGUCAGUGAAGGGGCUGGGAUACAGAUCCAAGUGAUGACGUUUGCUACUGAGCACAACUGGGACUCUUUGGAGAUCUACGAUGGAGGAGACAUGACAGCUCCUAAAUUAGGGUCAUUUUCUGGUAUGACAGUAUGCUCUCUCACACACACAAACGCAAACUCAUGCACAGACUCACAUGCACACAAGCACUCCAGAAAUCUAUGAUGGAUGAGAUAUGACAGCUCAUAAACUAUAGACCCACACACAUAGCACAUAUGCACACUCGAACAUGAACACACACACACAAGAUCUAUGAUGAAUUAGAUAUGACAGGUCUUAAACUAUAGAUACACACGCAU